CAUCUCUCCAGAGCUAUUCGAGAGCCCGUUGCUGGAGCCAGAAGAGGAACAUCUCCUGCUGGACCCAGGCAACACGUUGAAGCUGUACUGUGACACCAGCCAGAGCAGUGCCAGCGUGGUCUGGUACAAGGAGUCACGGCCGCUCAUCCCAGGGGGUCGCAUCCAUCUCCAGCAGAGCCUGCUGGAGAUCUCGGAGGUCGCCUACGAGGACUCAGGGCUCUACGUGUGCCGGGCACAGGGGACUGGGGAGAUCCUGCGCAACUUCACCAUCUCUGUUGUGGACUCACUGGCGUCAGGUGAUGACGAUGAAGACAGUGAUGGGCACAGUCCCCACGGAGACCGAAACGAGGAGCCUGUUUAUGUGCACAGAGCUCCUUACUGGACUCACCCGCACCGGAUGGACAAGAAGCUGUAUGCAGUCCCUGCGGGGAACACGGUGAAGUUUCGCUGCCCAGCCUCGGGCAGCCCCAGCCCCAGCAUCCGCUGGUUCAAGAAUGGGCGCGAGUUCCGGGGGGAGCACCGCAUUGGGGGCAUCCGGCUCCGGCACCAGCACUGGAGCCUGGUGAUGGAGAGCGUGGUGCCCUCCGACCGCGGCAACUAGAACAGGUUUGGCAGCAUCCGGUACAGCUACCUCCUGGAUGUGCUGGAGAGGUCCCCACACAGGCCCAUCUUGCAGGCUGGGCUGCCCGCCAACACCACGGCCCUGGUGGGCAGCGACGUCGAGUUCUUCUGCAAGGUCUACAGCGAUGCCCAGCCCCACAUCCAGUGGCUGAAGCACAUUGAGGUGAACGGCAGCAGCUACGGUCCUGACGGGGUACCCUAUGUGCAAGUGCUCAAGACCGCAGACAUCAACAGCUCCGAGGUGGAGGUGCUUUACCUGCGCAAUGUCUCCGUGGAGGAUGCCGGCGAGUACACCUGCCUGGCGGGGAACUCCAUUGGCCUCUCCUACCAGUCUGCCUGGCUCACUGUCCUGCCAGAAGAGGAGCUGGUACGAGAAGCCGAAGCCCCCGAGGCCAAGUACACAGACAUCAUCAUCUACACCUCGGGCUCGCUGGCUGUGGCCAUGGCCGUCAUCAUCGUGGUGCUGUGCCGGAUGCAGACUCAGACGAGCAAGCAGCCCCUGGAGCCCAUGGCGGUCCACAAGCUUUCCAAAUUCCCGCUCAUCCGACAGUUCUCCCUGGACUCCAGCUCCUCCGGGAAGUCCAGCACAUCCCUGAUGCGUGUCACUCGCCUCUCCUCCAGCUGCGCCCCGAUGCUGGCUGGGGUCGUGGAGCUGGACCUGCCCCUCGAUGCCAAGUGGGAGUUCCCCCGAGACAAGCGGGUGCUGGGCAAGCCCCUGGGGGAAGGCUGCUUUGGCCAGGUGGUGCGGGCAGAGGCAUACGGCAUCGACAGAGACCGGCCAGACAGAGCUGUCACCGUGGCUGUCAAAAUGCUGAAAGACAAUGCCACUGACAAGGACCUGGCUGACCUCAUAUCUGAGAUGGAGAUGAUGAAGCUCAUGGACAAGCACAAGAACAUCAUCAACCUCCUGGGAGUCUGCACGCAGGAUGGGCCUCUGUACGUGAUUGUGGAGUUUGCUGAGAAGGGCAACCUGCGCGAGUACCUCCGCGCCCGCCGCCCCCCGACUCCCGAUUAUGCUUUUGACGUCGCGGUGAUGCCUGAGGAGCAGCUUUCCUUCAAGGACCUGGUCUCCUGCGUCUACCAGGUGGCCCGUGGCAUGGAGUACCUGGAGUCCAAACGG